AUGAUUGGCUUCUUCCAUGCUUUCAUGUGGUAUUUCGUAUUGUUUUUGUAUAUGGGACAAAUUCACGGAGUCUUUGGAACAUAUCAACCUUUAACUUACAAAGUGGGAAGUUCUUUAUGGGGAGUUUUUUUUAUCCUUUCCGGAAUUUUCAUAAUAAGAACAGCAAAGAAACCAAGUCCCUGUCUGAAACUUGGGAGGGAAGUGUCACGGAUUUUAUUGCUAUCCUACCACUUGGAAAUUUCCAUUGCAUUUGUAUACGUACUCUUCACCUGUAUGGAUUUG